AUGAUCGUGUGUCCAGCUGGGAGAAUGCAGAAGAGCGAGGCUGGCUAACCGGCUAGCAGUCUGAGCCGCAUUUCCCCUCUUUCCUGGAGGGGGGCUAAGUGUGAAGCCUUUGCCGCGCCGUCAACCCCGGCUGUUCUGAUAGCUGCCAUGCCGGUCCACUCACGGGAGAAGAAAGAAAGCAACCACGAAGAAAUGGAGGUGGACUUUGCGGAGCAAGACGGCAGCAGCACAGACGAGGAGGACACGGUUAGCUCGACCGUGUCUGAAGAUGGAGACAGCUCUGAGAUGGAUGAUGAGGACUGUGAGAGGAGGAGGAUGGAGUGUCUGGAUGAGAUGACAACACUAGAAAAACAAUUCACCGACCUGAAGGAGCAGCUGUACAAGGAGCGCCUCAGCCAGGUGGAGAUAAAGCUUCAGGAGGUGAUGGCCGGCUGCGCCCAGGAGUACCUGGAGCCUUUGGCCAACCUGCAGGAGAACAUGCAGAUCCGGACCAAAGUAGCCGGGAUCUACAAAGACUUGUGCCUGGAGUCGGUGAAGAACAAAUACGAGUGCGAAAUCCAAGCUGCUUGCCAGCACUGGGAGAGUGAGAAGCUGCUGCUUUUUGACACCGUGCAGAGCGAGCUAGAAGAGAAGAUACGAAGACUGGAGGAGGACAGGCACAGUAUUGACAUUACCUCAGAGUUAUGGAAUGAUGGACUGCAGGCUCGGAAAAACAAGAAAAAAGAUCCCUUCUGUCCCGUCAAGAAGAAGAAGCCUGUUGUCGUUUCUGGGCCUUAUAUUGUUUACAUGCUGCAAGACCUGGAUAUUCUUGAAGACUGGACGGCCAUAAGAAAGGCGAUGGCGUCCUUGGCGCCGCACCGGGUGAAAGUGGAUGUCCCUGCAGUGAAACCGGACAGACAUCACCAUGUGGCGCGCUCCGAGGAAGGUCGGCUUUUCUACGACAACCAGUGGUACUGCAGGGGACAGACCAUCUGCAUCAACAGAAAAGACGAGUUUCCAACCAGCGCCAUCAUCACCACCAUCAACAACGAUGAGGUGUGGUUCAAGCGGCUUGAUGGCACCAAGUCCAAGCUGUACAUCUCCCAGCUGCAGAAAGGCAAAUACACCAUCAAGCACUCCUAGAGGAGUCUAAACGCUAACACACACCUACUGACGCUCUCCGUACGAGAGGAUCGUCCGUGUUCACGCACGAUUCGACACGCCGUUUUCACAAAGCGUCAUUUUUCCCUGGAGCGGAGAUCAAUGCGAAGUGCUGCUAAUGAGAAACAAGCGGGGGAGAGGGGGAGUUUUAGAAACUAACUGUGAAGCGCAAAGCUCAGUCGAGUGCCUUUCCGGGUCGGGACGCCGCCGCUGACGGCUGGUGGGAGGGAGGAAGGAGGUCUCGACCUUUCAGCGCAGCGAAGCCUUACUCAGUGCUGCUUUCGCCACCAGGAGGACUGAAGCGGGUCAGUGAGCGUGUGGAAGAAAAACCCUCUGAACUUGAAUUUCAUGCUCGUAGAGAAAUUUAGUUAGAAUCUUAUUUGGGCAACAAACAGUGUCAUAAUGUUGAAAUCAACUUAGGAACCUUUGUGUUUAAUGACCUCUUGAUGUUUUUAGUGGAACUUAAUACCAUUUUCUGUCCUCUAAGCACUACUACCCCUGUACAUAGUUGUGUUUUGUGGCUCUUCUUUUCGUCUUGUAAUGUUGCCAAAUGGCUAAUGCUAAUGGUACCUCCGCUUUGCGAUCAAAGAGGUGGAGUUAAAAAUUAGGUUGCGUUUCUGUGACCGGAUGUGUAAAGCUUAGUGCCAUUCUGCUUCACUUGCUUCGUUCUCUUUCCUGUUUUACGUCAUCGUCUUUGUUUAAACUAAAAAAAAUAAUCCAUAAAGCGCAUCUGGUCAGAGAAGGAAAAAAUACGGAGGAUUAAAAAAAAAGAAAAACGUAUGAUUCAUCCAUCCCUCCAGCCUUCCUGUGAACAUUUAUUUGUUUCUUCAGAGCUUUAUCUGACUUUGAUUUGUCUACAUCAAGUAUUACCUGCCAGCGGUAUUGAACUGAGAGGUAUUUGUGCAUAAAUCAUAAGAAAAGUUAUACAGGAAGCCUAAUGUGGCUUUUUCUGAUGAAAACUUUUGACACAAAAUCUUGUCAUUUUUACUGGGGUUUUUUUUUGUUUUUUGUUGUUUUUUUUUUUACUUAAUGCAUCAUGAUUUCUUGUACAUGAAACAAUCAAAAAUAAAAACCUAAAGUCAU